AGAAGCAGGAGGAGGAGGAGGAGGAGGGGAGAGGAGGAGCAGGGGGUGGAGGAUGGAGCCCCGGGCUGCUGCGGCGGGCGAGCCGGAGCCGCCGGCAGCGUCCUCCUCCUUCCAGGCCCGGCUCUGGAAGAACCUGCAGCUGGGGGUGGGCAGAAGCAAGGGCGGCGGGGGCGGGCGCGCUGGGGGUCCGGAGCGCCGCACUGCGGACACCCCGUCGCCCUCCCCGCCACCCCCGGUAGGCACACGGGAUGCACCGGCCGGGGGGAGUGGUGCAGGCAGCAGGUGGAGCGGCUUCAAGAAGCGGAAGCAAGUGCUGGACCGAGUCUUCUCCUCCUCGCAGCCCAACCUGUGCUGCUCCUCGCCAGAGCCCCUAGAGCCCAGCGGCGCCGGCAGAGCCGAGCAGGGGUCCACGCUACGCCGCCGGAUCCGCGAACAUUUGCUCUCGGCCGGAAAAGGGCCCGCGGCGGCCUCGGGAGCAGCGGGAGGGACGCCUCCUGGCGGACGCUCCCCCGACUCAGCUGCUUCCUCUUCCUCCGCCUCCUCCUCCCUGUCCUCCUCGCCCCAGCCUCCCCCGAGGGGGGACCGCGCCCGAGAUGAGGGUGCACAGCGUCAGGGCCCCGGGGCGCACUUGUGCCACCAGAAGAGCUCCUCUCUGCCGGGCACCGCCUGCCUGGAGCAGCUGCUGGAGCCGCCGCCUCCUCCUGCAGGGCCGGCGCGGAGUCCCGCGGAGUCUCGGACCCCGGAGACCGGCGAGGAGCGCGGCAGCAGCCAGAAAAUAAACGCUGCUGGAACCAGUAAUGCAGAAGUCCCCUUGGCUGAUCCCGGAAUGUACCAGCUGGACAUUACAUUAAGAAGGGGUCAAAGUUUAGCUGCUCGAGAUCGAGGAGGGACGAGUGAUCCAUAUGUGAAGUUUAAAAUCGGAGGAAAAGAAGUUUUUAGAAGUAAGAUAAUACACAAGAACCUCAACCCUGUGUGGGAAGAAAAAGCUUGCAUUCUGGUUGAUCAUCUUAGGGAGCCAUUGUAUAUAAAGGUAUUUGACUAUGAUUUUGGACUACAGGAUGACUUUAUGGGCUCAGCCUUUCUGGAUCUGACACAAUUGGAGUUAAACAGGCCCACAGAUGUGACCCUUACUCUGAAAGAUCCUCAUUAUCCUGACCAUGAUCUUGGAAUCAUUUUGCUCUCAGUCAUCCUUACCCCUAAAGAAGGAGAGUCCAGGGAUGUGACAAUGCUAAUGAGGAAGAGUUGGAAAAGAUCAAGUAAGGAACUUUCAGAAAAUGAAGUGGUUGGAUCUUAUUUCUCUGUGAAGUCUCUCUUUUGGAGGACGUGCGGCAGGCCAGCUCUUCCUGUCCUGGGCUUCUGCAGAGCAGAGCUUCAGAAUCCUUAUUGCAAAAAUAUACAAUUUCAGACCCAAAGUUUACGCCUCUCAGACCUACACAGAAAAUCGCAUCUUUGGAGAGGAAUAGUCAGCAUCACCUUGAUUGAAGGGAGAGACCUGAAGGCCAUGGAUUCCAAUGGGUUGAGCGACCCCUACGUGAAGUUCCGGCUUGGGCAUCAGAAGUACAAGAGCAAGAUUAUGCCAAAAACGUUGAAUCCUCAGUGGAGGGAACAAUUUGAUUUUCACCUUUAUGAAGAAAGAGGAGGAAUCAUUGAUAUCACUGCAUGGGACAAAGAUGCUGGGAAAAGGGAUGAUUUUAUUGGCAGGUGCCAGGUCGACCUGUCAGCCCUCAGUAGGGAACAGACGCACAAGCUGGAGUUGCAGCUGGAAGAGGGUGAGGGACACCUGGUGCUGCUGGUCACUCUGACAGCAUCAGCCACAGUCAGCAUCUCUGACCUGUCCGUCAACUCCCUGGAGGACCAGAAGGAACGAGAGGAGAUAGUAAAGAGAUAUAGCCCAUUGAGGAUAUUUCACAACCUGAAAGAUGUGGGAUUUCUCCAGGUGAAAGUCAUCAGAGCAGAAGGGUUAAUGGCUGCUGACGUCACUGGAAAAAGUGACCCAUUUUGUGUGGUAGAACUGAACAACGAUAGACUGCUAACACAUACUGUCUACAAAAAUCUCAAUCCUGAGUGGAAUAAAGUCUUCACGUUCAACAUUAAAGAUAUCCAUUCAGUUCUUGAAGUGACAGUUUAUGAUGAAGAUCGGGAUCGAAGUGCUGACUUUCUGGGCAAAGUUGCUAUACCAUUGCUGUCUAUUCAAAAUGGUGAACAGAAAGCCUACGUCUUGAAAAACAAGCAGCUGACAGGGCCAACAAAGGGGGUCAUCUAUCUUGAAAUAGAUGUGAUUUUUAAUGCUGUGAAAGCCAGCUUACGAACAUUAAUACCCAAAGAACAGAAGUACAUUGAAGAGGAAAACAGACUCUCUAAACAGCUGCUACUAAGAAACUUUAUCAGAAUGAAACGUUGUGUCAUGGUGCUGGUAAAUGCUGCAUACUACGUUAAUAGUUGCUUUGAUUGGGAUUCACCCCCAAGGAGUCUGGCUGCUUUUGUGCUCUUUCUCUUUGUUGUCUGGAACUUUGAGCUCUACAUGAUACCACUGGUUUUGUUGUUACUAUUGACAUGGAACUACUUCUUGAUAAUAUCAGGGAAAGAUAACAGGCAACGUGAUACAGUAGUGGAGGACAUGCUAGAGGACGAGGAAGAAGAAGAUGACAAAGAUGACAAGGACAGUGAAAAAAAGGGAUUUAUAAAUAAAAUCUAUGCCAUCCAAGAGGUAUGUGUCAGUGUCCAGAACAUCCUAGAUGAAGUGGCUUCCUUUGGCGAAAGGAUAAAGAAUACUUUCAACUGGACUGUCCCAUUCUUAAGCUGGCUGGCCAUUAUAGCCCUCUGUGUGUUCACAGUCAUCCUGUACUGCAUUCCGCUGAGAUACAUUGUCCUUGUCUGGGGCAUCAAUAAAUUUACAAAAAAGCUUCGGAGUCCAUAUGCAAUUGAUAACAAUGAACUACUUGACUUCCUUUCCAGAGUCCCUUCCGAUGUACAAGUGGUGCAAUACCAAGAACUGAAACCAGAUCCUUCUCAUAGCCCAUAUAAAAGAAAGAAAAACAAUCUUGGCUAGCCAGCUCCCAGCACUGAGGAGACCAACAUCUGUUUGGGAAGAUAAAAGAAAAAGCCCUCAGCCUCAGCAGCAUUUCCUUUCUUUCUGCUUUUUAUUUAUUUUGCCUUUUUAUCAUGAUCGAGAGAAUUUGUAAAUAGUGUACAAAGGCAUAUGUCUUUGAAAAUAUACUUCUAUUUUACAGACUCAACUUGAUAAAGGUUUUGCUACUGCUGUGUCAAAGCCUUGUUAGCUGUGGAUAAUAAUAUAACACACUGAAAGAACAAAUAUAAGAAUGAUAACACUGGAAGAUAUAUUCUUAUCUAAUUACAAGUGGAUUAAAUACUCACCUGUGCUCUGAUUAAAUCUACAUCAAUUGUAAAUGUCAAUUUGAUUUUAAAGUUUUUUUUUUAAUGUGACUAUUUUUUAUCUGAAAAGUAAUCCAUUACAGUUUUCUAUGUUUUAUACAUUUCAAAAGGGAGGGAAAUUCCAAAGCCUGAAUAAUGGAAUGGAUGCAUUUCAAUUUAACAUAUAUUCUGGCUUUAGAUCCCGACAUUCACUCCUAUGCAAAUUACUUAGGUAUGACUUAGGCUGAUUUUAAACUAAUAAGUGAAGGUACAUUCACUCCCUCAAGAGAAUCAAUACCCAGGAGGUUAGAAAUUUUUCUUUAUAGAAUUUCAAUCAUUCCAUCUAAAACCUUAAAAUCUCUACAGGACUACAUAACAUAAAUACUGCCAGUUUAUAAAUGAUUGCCUAUCUGAAUUUUUAUACCUACCACUACUUUAAUUUAUACAGAGUUAGUUAGCAAAUUAGCAACCCAGUAAGUACAGUUAUCAAAAAUACUAGGAAACUAUAUCCAUAUCGCUUUUGGUGUCAGAUUGUAUCUGUGCAUCUAAAAAUAUUUUAAUACUCAAGUGCUCUCACAGAAAACCUCUGCUUUCUCAUUAGAUUACUGAAAUGCUUUAAUUCAUACUAUGAUUUUGUUAUUAGUGUGAAUUUUAAUGUAGAGAAUUCAGUGUGCUAAGUGAUAUGCCAGUGUUUCACUACAUUCAUUUAUUUAAAAAAAAAUCAUUCUUGAUUAUGCAUGAAAACCUGUUUUGUAAAAUAAACUGCUUGGGGGUGGUGGUUGCCUUUAUCAAUGUUUCACUAUUAUCAUAGAAUCUAUACUUAAAGAUUGCAUUCCCAAGACUCUUAAAGUAGUUUUUGUAUCUCACUCCCUGGUAUACUAAGGGAGCAUAACUCUGGAGAAAAAAUAAUUUGGUUGGUUGAGAAUGUCUUACUUCCCUGACGUGGUAGGGGAUUAUACUCAGUUGAAAUUGCAGCAGGCAAUGCUUUGCACUACUUUAUUAAUAAUAAACUUGGAUGGGGUAAAAGUGGGGGUUAUACUGGAAAAACUAUAGAAAAGCUAAAAGAAAUGUAUAUUUCACUCUAAAGGAAGAUUCUUUAACAAUAAAUGUAAUCUCAUUGAAGCUGAGUUUUAAAGUAUUUUUAUUUUUGAGGUAAGUUGUUAAAUACUAUUUCUUAUAAUAGAACUAUUUUGAUCUGUUUAUAUACUAUGCUUGAAUGUCAAUUAAAUUCCCUUUCUACAGAAAGGCUUUGACCUCAACAUGCUUUAUUUAAUGUAUCAUGUUUAAAAUGACAUGCUUCUGUCUGCAUACCAUCACUGUUUGUUGCUAAAAGCAUAAUGUUCCAUGAACAUGAUGUUACUACAGAAAGUUUAUUGAUAACUGUUUGAAAUAACUUUCAAUUAUACCUUAUGUGAGACUUUUAUGUUCUGUGCUGACAAUGUCUACUCAAAUGUCUGUAAGCCUGAUAUUCUACAACCUCAGAUGUAUCAAUAGUAACCAUUAACAGAUGACUUGUUUCACUGUAUCAAAUUUCAGAUGUUUAGUUCAAUGGUAAUGUUGACUAUACAUUCACUGCAUUAAAUACAAAAGAAAAUAAUCUUU